CCUCGCCGUCCACCGUGACGUGUCCCCGACAACGCCGCGCCGGGACCGCGACCCACCCGCGCGCACAUGGCUCGACACGUGUUCCUCACCGGGCCGCCAGGGGUUGGGAAAACAACCUUGAUCCAGAAAGCCUGUGAGGCCCUGCAGUCUUCUGGGGUGUCCGUGGAUGGGUUUUACACACAGGAAGUGAGGCAGGGAACAAGGAGGAUAGGAUUCGACGUGGUCACCUUGUCUGGCGCUCGGGGACCUCUGUCCAGAGUCGGCUCACAGCCUCCCCCUGGGAAGUCCGAGUGCCGAGUGGGCCAGUAUGUGGUAGACCUGGCGUCUUUUGAGCAGUUGGCACUGCCUGUCCUACGGAAUGCAUGUUCCACCGGCGGCCCAGGGCAGAGAGUGUGUGUCAUCGAUGAAAUCGGGAAGAUGGAGCUCUUCAGCCAGCCUUUCAUCCAGGCUGUCCGCCAGGCACUGUCUGCCCCAGGGACCACUGUCCUUGGCACCAUCCCCACCCCCAAAGGGAAGCCGCUCGCCCUGGUGGAGGAGAUCAGGGGCCGGCGUGACGUGGCGGUGUUCAGCGUCACCAAGGAAAACAGAAACAGCCUCUUGUCAGAUAUUGUCACCUGUGUGCAGAGCAGCAGGACGUGACGCUGGCUGGUUCCUGCUCCGUGCCCUGAGGAGGGGCCUGAGUCACUCUCUGACUGCCAUUCCUGCCUGCCCAGGUUUGGGUAUUGAUGGACCUCGUGACUGCUCAAGAAACUGGACAGCUGCUUUACAUGAGAUGCCAACAAGACCCAAUUAGCCCAGUGCCCGGAGGGCACGAUGGACGGCCCCUGUGUCUUACUUAUGCUUAGAGCUUUCUGCUCAUUUCCUCUUGCAGUUGGGCAUGCGAUUUGGGUAGAUUAUGAGAUCAGGCCGUGCUGGGUGAGAUCUGCCUGCCUCUCAGUCUGAGUGUGCUGGGAUUGGGGAGGAGAGCUCACGUGGCACUCAGCUCUGCACGCUUAGAAGCCCCAGCGUCUCAGGGCUGAAAGUGCUGACAGUGACUUGAUGCUUUUCAGUUGUUUCCAAAGACAAACCUUUUAGGUUCCCUCCUCCAGUUCUAAGUUUUUUUUUCUUUUUUUUCCCCCCUUUGCUUAUUGCUUCAAAAACAUGGAAAUAAAUUGGAUGAUUCAAACACAGGA